UGUGUAUUUUUGCAGAUCUGUAUGCAUUCGUUGCACUGUUUUGGAACAGCUGCGCAAUUUAAAGCAUGUCGUGAGAAGAUUUCAGAAAUGCCAACAUUAUUUAGUAGCAUAUUCAGACUUCUACAGUUUCAUCAUUUGCCAUAUCUUGCCUGCGCAGCUGCCGAAUGUGUUUGUUCACUGGCUGUCUGUACAAUGCUCCAAAUGCAUCUCUUUCAAGCAGGAGUGGAACACAGUGAAGAUACCAACAAACAGUCGCUUCGCAAUAAACUGGCACGCUGUAGUUGCGAAGCACUGGCAUGUUUGGCUGGCUUCCGAGAAGGCACACCGGACAACGAUGGCGUUCAAAGAAGGCCAAAAGAAUGGGCUGUGGCUGUACUGAGUGAAUUGUUCGGUGGCGAAUUCAAACUUUCUGUCCAUGAAAAAGAGUUGAUUGUCGGUGAUAUCUUUGUAAGGAUUUACAACGAACAGCCAAAUUUUAAGUUACAAGUAAGUUCGUUGAAUUUUCCACCUUUAUAUUGUAAAAUCCAUAAAUAG